UUUGAGAAUAAUUUGGAUAUAACAUGGGGGGAAAUAUUGUUUGAAGUGCCUAAAACAGACUUUGGGAAACUGCCCAGAAACCGCGCUCGGGCUGAAGCGCACACACUUCUUUCUGGGCUCGGUGACUCGGUCGGGCACCUUCGACGGCACAGCGGGAAGAGAGUGGGUUCUGCCACUUGCCUUGUUUUGAAAGGGUUGUGCAUUUCCACUUGUCGGCAUGUAAUAUACCGAACUGUGGGAGAAGACAUAGAGGCACAUGAGUGUGCACGUACACUUAGUCAGUGUGUUAAGGUGACAUUUGCUUAUGAGAAGGCUGAAGAUGAAAAUAAGCACUGCUUUUCCGUUGAGCGUUGGUUUGAGACAUCUGAUGUAGAGCUUGAUUACCCAGUUCUGAAACUGAAGAGGAACGGACAGCAAGUACCUGAGGGGUUACACGAUGGAAAUGAUCCUGAACCAGACAGCAGACGGGCGUGUAUUGUUGGCCAUCCGGAUGGAGAGGUGAAGUAUUCUGAUGCGUCUGCUGUGAUCCCUCAGAAUCAGCGGGAAGAGACAUACUUGGAACACAUUCGGGCUAGAGCUGCAGAUGGGUGUGGGGCUUGUGUGCAGAACAUACACAUGCACACACAAAGAAGCUUCCAGGAGACAGUCCCCCAGCCUGAUGUGGUGACCCAUAACACCGCUUCUUACUUUGGAUCUUCCGGCUUCCCAGUGUUUGAUUCUGAAGGCUUGUUGGUGGCCAUGCACACUGCAAGCUUCACUUGUAAGUACCCACAGGGGAUUUCCAGCAUCAUUGAAUUCAACUGUACCCUGAAAUCCAUUAUGUAUGAUAUUAAGAAAAAACAUAGAAUGUGGUAAGAAGGACUAUUUCUAAACCUGCCGGAUGCAAGAAAGGUGAGUGUUAAGGAUGAAAAAGAGUGA